AUGUUCAUCGCCCGCGCGUGCAUGGGUCAUGUUCAUCAUCCGCGAGUGCAUGUACACGUAUGCGUUUCCACGUAUACACGUGUACUCAAACGACUGCGGCUACAUAGACACAGUUUGAUCUGCGCCGGCCGCAUCCCUCGAGCUGGCUCAUUUUUUUUUUGA